UCCCCAGACGCCAUGCAUAAGUGGGGGAGAGAGCGUGAAAUAAAUCCCCGCGAGUCUCCCCAACUCCCCCCCACAGCAGUGCUGCUCUUGCCCCCCCACCCUUAUUGCUCCCAGUGCCCCCCCGGUGGGGGGUUGCAUUAAUCACGUGCAACUUAUCGCAACCCCCGCAUUGUACGGACUGCACUCGCCCCCUACUCCUUGUAUUACACGAGCUGCCCUUGCCCCCUUCCCCUCCUUUACAUUGCAAAUCAUUCUCUUGCUCGCGCAGGGGGGUUCUUCACCUCCCCCUUCCCCCACCCCUUGGUAUUUCCGCCCCCCGUUCCUUUGGCUUCACGCUGCCGGAUGCGGCGGGGGCGGGGGCGGGCAGGGGUGGGGGAGCCGGCGCUGAGAUCACUGGGGCUAUAAAAGCAGCGAGGCUGGGCGCGGUCGGCUCUAGCCCGGACGCCUGUUACUGCGAGGAGGCGGUCGAUUAAGCAAGUCUGCAUUUUGUAACAAAAGCCCCUCGGAGGGGAGCGCGUGGGAGGCGCCUGUGACCCCCCCUCCACGCGUGCAGCAGCCGGAUCCGGGCAGCAUGGAGGUGCAGAAGGAGGCGCAGCGGAUCAUGAGCCUGUCGGUGUGGAAGCUCUACCACUCGCGGCUGCAGCGCGGGGGGCUCCGCCUGCACCGCAGCCUCCAGCUCUCCCAGGUCCUGCGCAGUGCCCGGGAGCUCUACCUGGCAGCCAGAGCCGGGGGCGAGGAGGACGGGGCUGGCCCGGAGCCCCCGCAGCUGGAGCCGCUGGAGCGUGGGAAGGCGGCGGAUCCAGACCCCCUGGGCUGUGUGAGCGUAGCUGAUCCGGCUCCCAUGGACCAGGUGAUCGCGGCGGAUACGAAAUCCCUGGACUGUGUGAACUCGGCGGAUCCGGAUCCCAUGGACUGUUCCAUCGCGGCGGAUCCGGCUCCCACGGACUGUGUGAACGCAUCGGAUCUGGAUCCCAUGGACUGUGCCCCCGCGGCGGAGCCGGAGCCCCCGGCCGUGGACACGCAGCUGAGCAGCGCCGAGCUCCGGCCGCCGCCAGUCCGGGGCCCCUGCACCAAGCCCAGCCGCAAGCGCCGAAGCCCGAGCUGGGCCAAGCCCGGGGCGGCUGAGGCGGGGCUGGCACCCAGCAAGAAAGCCAGACUGGAGGCAGAGGAGCGGGACCAGCAGCCGCAAAGGCAGGAGGGCCCCUUCCCCAGCCUGGCCAAGGUGCUGCAGAGCCGCUUUGCUGUGCCCUCCCCACCCUGUCGCCGGGGCCAGGGGGUCCUGGGCCUGCUGGUGAGAGCUGUGGCAGCCUGCUAGCUGGCCUGGCCCUGCCUUUCGUCGCCUGGGCUGGCUCCUGACCCCAGGACCCACCGGCAGAGAGAGAGACGCACACGGCAGAGAGAGAUGCACACGGAGCCAGGGUUGCCGAAGGACUCCGCCCCAGUGCCAGGGGGUGACCAGGCCCCACCGAGGCAUCCAAAUGGCGAGAGAUACUGCCCUGGACUGAUGCCCUUUUCUCAGGGCAUGGGCAGCAGCUGCCUGCCUUCAGCUCUGCUUUGUCUGUGUCAGGCAGGGAAGGGUAAAUCUGGAAGGAGGCUAACUGUGGGGUUGGAUGUCCCCCUUGGAGGCCUUGUGCGUGUUUCAGGGCUGGGUGUGUCUGUGUGCAAGUGUGGGGGGUGCAGACUAGGGCCAAAGGAUGACACACAGUUCUUAUGACCGGUGUUGCGUCACCCAGCAGGGAGUUUCCUGCCCCCCCAUCCCCUGGGCGUGGGAGGCCAAGCCUGACUCACCAGCCGCGCCAGGGGAGGAGGAAAGGGUGCCAAAGUCCCCUGGACUUGGUGGGGGGUGGGGGGAGGGAUGG